CGCCUUCCUCCUCAGGACAGACGAUGGCCCGCACUGCAGCCCUGGCCUGGGCGCUGGCGCUCCUCUCAGCGAUUCCCGCCGUCCACGCGCGGAAAGGCCCCCGGGAGGACGCCGGGCAGAGCAGCGUGGACAAGGGCUGGGCGGAGCAGGCCCAGCAGCUGAAACUGGCCCUGGAGGCCGCGAGCCUGAAAGCCAGCCUUGAGCAGGACCUGCACAACAUGAACACGCUCCUGGAGAAGCUGGGCCCUCUGAGCGGGCAGGGCGGCCCUCCUGGGCUCCCUCCCGACCCUGAGGGCGUGCGGCAGCGGCUGCAGGCGGAGCUGCAGGAGGUGAGCGCACGCCUGGAGCCCCGCAUGGCGGAGGCGCACGCGCGCCUGGGCUGGAACCUGCAGGGGCUGCGGCGGCGCCUGGAGCCCUACACCGCGGCCCUGGUGGAGCAGGUGGCGCUGCGCGUGGAGGAGCUGCAGGAGCAGCUCCGCGCGGUCGGCGAGGACACCAAGGCCCAGCUGCUGGACGGCGUGGCCGAGGCACGGGACCGGCUGCAGGAGCUGCGGGGCGGCCUGGCGCACCACACUGGCCGCGCCAAGCAGCUGCUCCACCCGCCCGCCGAGCGCCUGCUGCGCGGCAUCCGGCAGCACGUGCAGGAGCUGCACCGCAGCGUGGCCCCGCACGCCCUGGCCAGCCCCGCGCGCCUCAGCCGCUGCGUGCAGCGGCUCUCCCGCAAGCUCACGCUCAAGGCCGAGGCCCUGCACGCGGGCAUCCAGCAGAACCUGGACCACCUGCACAAGGAGCUCAGCGCCUUCGGCAGCGCGGAGGACGGGGCUCACCCGGACCCCCUGGAGCUGUCCCAGGAGGUGCGCCAGCGCCUGCAGGCUUUCCGCCACGACACCCUGCUGCAGAUCGCCGCCUUCACCCGCGCCAUCGACCAGGAGACGCAGGAGGUCCAGCAGCAGCUGGCGCCGCCCCCGCCCAGCCAUAGCGCCUUCGCCCCUGAGUUCCUCCCGGAGGACGACGGCAAGGCCCGGAGCAGGCUGCAGGCCCGGCUGGACGACCUGUGGGAGGACAUAAACUACAGCCUUCGCGACCAUGAUCCGGGCCACGGAGGGGAGCCCUGAGGGCCUGUUUGCCUGAGCCCACGUCCCAGCUUCUUGUUCGGGAGCCCCAAGCGCGGGCCACUCCUUGGUGGGCCCUGCAGGACGGGUGAGGCCACCGAAGGGGCAGCUGUCCCUUGCCUACCCAGCCCCCUGAGAGUCCCCAACCCGGAUGCAUUACACUCGCCAGGACUUGCGAACCUGGCUUCCCGUGCUCAUUUGGGAAUCCUCCUGAGGUGCUCCAUUCGGUGCUGGCGGGAGCGGGAAGGGAGAAAGGCGCUCUGUGCGGGGGAUGAAGUGCAAGCCCGCGGCCAUGGGCUGGAAGCCCAGUCUCUUCAGGCCUGGCCUGGCUGGGACCGCGCUGGCCCCUGGUGGCCAUGACUGCCCCUGGUCCCCAGAGCAGCUCCUUUCUCGGGGCUGCUGUGGCAGCUUCUGUUGGGGGGAGCAGGGGGAAAGGCGGGGAAUGUGAUGAGGGGAGAGUGUGACUGCGUGUGGAUCCCGGUGCGCUCUGCUGCUGCUGGGAACAAAUGGUGGGAGUUGUAAUGGGAGGGAGCAGGGCCCAUAUUUUCUGACAUAGCUCUGCAUUUAAACAGCCGACCAAGCCG